AUGUCGUCCAUCUCCGCCCGCGAGCUGCACAAGCUCGCGCCGUCGCUUCAGGCGCUUUCCAGAGGGACCGCCCGACCAUGCGCUCGCACCGCGCGGAUCCCUUCCCUCUCUCCUCGAGCGUUCACAACCUGCCGAGUAACAGCUCUCAGGGCUCGGCCGCAGAAAUGGACCGGCCAAUACAGGCAGUUCUCGAAGACGGUGGGCCGCAGAGCCGCGCAGAGUCAGGAAGCGCCGAAUGCGCAGGCAUAUUUGAAUAGUGGGGCGAUCCAUGGGGCAAGAAAUCUGGUGAAUGUGCAGAAGGUGUUGGUGAUUGGGAGUGGUGGGCUGAGUAUUGGACAAGCUGGAGAGUUUGACUAUUCAGGUUCCCAAGCUCUCAAGGCCCUCAAAGAAGCAGGCGUCAAAUCGGUCCUGAUCAACCCCAACAUCGCCACCAUCCAAACCUCACACGUCCUCGCCGACGAGAUCUACUACCUCCCUGUAACCCCCGAAUACGUGACAUGGGUGAUCGAACGAGAACGACCCGAUGGCAUCUUCCUCAGCUUCGGCGGCCAAACCGCCCUGAACCUGGGCGUGCAGAUGAACCGGAUGGGCAUCUUUGAGCGGUUUGGCGUCAAGGUCCUGGGCACUAGCAUCAAAACGCUGGAGACCAGUGAGGAUCGCGACUUGUUCACGAAGGCGCUCAAGGAGAUCGAUAUCCCCACCGCGGAGUCCAUUGCCGUCGAGUCGCUGGACGAGGCGCUCAAGGCGGCAGAAAGCGUUGGGUAUCCGAUCAUUGUUCGCGCUGCAUACGCUCUCGGUGGUUUGGGAUCCGGUUUCGCGGAGAAUCCUGAUGAACUUAGAGAUUUGGCUGCCCGCUCGUUGACGCUGUCUCCGCAGAUCCUAGUUGAGAAGUCUCUCAAAGGAUGGAAAGAGGCAGAGUACGAGGUCGUGCGGGACGCCAGCGAUAACUGCAUCACGGUUUGCAAUAUGGAAAAUUUCGACCCGCUCGGUGUCCACACCGGAGACAGUAUCGUGGUUUCGCCCAGCCAGACGUUCAGUGAUGAGGAAUACCACAUGCUUCGCUCGGCGGCGAUUAAGAUCGUCCGCCAUCUGGGAGUCGUCGGCGAAUGCAACGUGCAAUACGCGUUGCAGCCCGACGGUCUCGACUACCGGGUCAUCGAGGUCAACGCUCGUCUCUCUCGUUCGUCGGCACUCGCGUCAAAAGCGACCGGUUAUCCCCUGGCAUACACGGCUGCAAAGAUCGGCCUCGGCCACACACUCCCCGAACUCCCCAACGCGGUCACUAAGACCACGACGGCCAACUUCGAGCCCAGCUUAGAUUACAUCGUCACGAAGAUGCCGCGAUGGGAUCUCAGCAAAUUCCAGAACGUCCGCAGAGACAUUGGCAGCUCGAUGAAAUCCGUCGGCGAGGUCAUGGCGAUCGGCCGAACCUUUGAGGAAUCGUUCCAGAAAGCUUGCCGACAGGUCGACCCGCAGUUCCUGGGAUUCCAGGGCGACAAGUUCGAGGACCUAGAUGACGUGCUCCGGAACCCGACCGACAGGCGAUGGCUUGCGGUUGGCCAGGCCAUGUUCCACGAAGGCUACUCUGUCGACAAGAUCCAUGACUUGAGCAAGAUCGAUAAGUGGUUCCUGUACAAGUUGGAGAACAUUGUCAAUUGCACCAAGGAAAUGGAGGAGAUUGGCAGCCUGUUCGGUUUGAAGAAGGAACUGCUUCUCAAGGCGAAGAAAAUGGGUUUCUCUGACAAGCAGAUCGCCAAGGCUGUCAAUAGCUCCGAAGACGAUGUCCGCGCUCGAAGGAAGGGCUUUGGUAUCCGACCAUUCGUCAAGAAGAUUGAUACGCUGGCUGCUGAGUUCCCGGCUGACACGAACUACCUCUACACGACCUACAACGCUUCUACUCAUGACGUCGAAUUCAAUGACCAUGGUGUUAUUGUCUUGGGUAGCGGUGUUUACAGGAUUGGUAGCUCGGUCGAGUUCGACUGGUCCGCCGUCAACGCAACUAUGUCAUUGAACAAGCAAGGCAAGAAGACGGUUAUGAUCAACUACAACCCAGAAACUUAUUCCACCGACUUCGACGUUGCGGACCGCCUGUAUUUCGAAGAGCUCAGCUACGAGCGAGUCAUGGACAUCUAUGAACUUGAGACCGCCAGCGGUGUUGUCGUCUCAGUCGGAGGCCAGCUUGCCCAGAACAUCGCUUUGAAACUUCAAGACACCGGCAAAGCGAAGGUCCUCGGCACCGAUCCCAAAGACAUCGACAAGGCCGAAGAUCGUCAUAAGUUCUCCCAGAUCCUCGACUCCAUCGGCGUGGACCAGCCCGCCUGGAAAGAACUCACCUCUGUCGCCGAAGCCAAGCGUUUCGCCGAUACCGUUGGCUACCCCGUCCUGGUCCGCCCUAGCUACGUCCUCUCCGGUGCCGCCAUGACCGUCAUCUGGAGUGAACCCGAGCUCGAAGACAAGCUCGUCGCUGCCUCCGACGUCUCCCCGGACCACCCCGUCGUCAUCACGCAGUACAUCGAAGGCGCCCAAGAAAUCGACGUCGACGCCGUCGCCCACAACGGCAAGCUCCUUGUCCACGCCGUCUCCGAGCACGUCGAGAACGCCGGCGUCCACUCCGGCGACGCCACCCUCGUUCUGCCCCCCGUAUCCCUCGACCAACGCACCAUCGACCGCGUCCGCGAAAUCGCCUCCAAGGUUGCCGAGGCCUGGAGCAUCACCGGCCCCUUCAACAUGCAGAUCAUCAAAGCCGAAGACCCGUCCGGCGGCGAGCCAGCCCUCAAAGCCAUCGAAUGCAACCUCCGCGCCUCCCGCUCCUUCCCCUUCGUCUCGAAGGUUCUCGGCACCAACUUCAUUGAUGUGGCGGCCCGCGCGCUCGUCGGUCGCGACGUGCCUGAGCCCGUCGACCUGAUGGGAGAGAAGCGCGACUACGUGGCGACGAAGGUGCCGCAGUUCUCGUGGACGCGACUUGCCGGCGCGGACCCGUAUCUCGGCGUCGAGAUGGCGAGUACCGGCGAGAUGGCGUGUUUCGGGACCGAUCUGAUCGAAGCGUACUGGGCGUCGAUGCAGUCGACGAUGAACUUCCGCGUGCCGCAACCGGGCGAGGGGAUCCUCUUCGGCGGCGACGUCAACAAGGUAGAGUUAUCCGCGAUCGCGGACCUGCUGCAGCCGCUAGGAUAUAAGUUCUACGCGGUGAACGAGACGGUGGCGGAGCACCUGCGCACCAGCACGAAGGAUGCGGCGAAGGUGGAGGUGAUUGAGUUCCCUAAGGAAGAUAAGCGGGCGCUGCGAGAGGUGUUUGCGAAGUAUGACAUCCGCGGGGUGUUUAACCUGGCGAAGAGGAGGGCCAGUAGCCUGGUGGAUGAGGAUUAUGUGAUGAGGAGGAACGCGGUGGAUUUCGGAGUGCCCCUGUUUAUGGAGCCGAAGACUGCCCAUCUCUUCGCUCGCUGCAUGAGCGCGAAGUUGCCCCUUACCAAGGGCGAGAUCCCGACCGAAGUGCGGACCUGGUCAAAUUUCCUGGGCUUCCGAGCGUAA